AUGGAUUCAAUGGUAGAAACGGGAGUGGGAAUUGAAUAUGGAGGAUUAGGUUUAGGUUAUUUAUAUCACUGCAUAGCUUUGGAGGAGAUUAGUUGUGCUUCAGGAUCAGUUAGAAGAACCUUUCGUGCCCAUUCUAAUCUUUGUAUUGAUCAAUUGGUGAGAAACGGAAGAGCUACACAAAAGGAGAAAUAUUUACCCAAGUUAAUUAGUGGGGAUCAUGUUGGAGCUCUUGCAAUGAAUGAACCUAAUGCUGGUUCAGAUGUUGUUGGAACGAAAUGUAAUGUUGAACGUGUUGAUGGUGGUUAUGUUUUAAAUGGGAAUAAGAUGUGGUUCACCAAUGGCCCAACUGCUCAAACAUUGGUGGUUUGUGCUAAAACUGAUGUAGCUGCUCGUUCAAAAUUAGUCCAGUUGGAGCUGAAAUUGGGAAUAAGAGGGACAUCAUAUGCAGUUUUCAUUUAUAGCAUCCAUCUUCCUAUGAGCAUAAAAGAUGUUCUCUUGGUUGUUGGUGACUGCAUGUUAGUUGGCUUACAGCCGAUUUUGGUGUAUGUGUCCAAGGUUGAUGGGAAGUUCAAUUUUAGCCCCAUCAGUGUUAAAUUUCUAACAGAAGUUGCAAAAGUUAUCUUUGCACUUGUCAUGCUUCUAAUACAAGCUAGAAAUCAGAAGAUUGGAGAGAAGCCACUUCUUUCUGUCUCCAGCUUUGUAUAG